AUGCCUCCGGGACGGAAGAGGAGGACGAAGGUUCUCGCUGGAAGCGGAGAAUCCGCCGCUUCGACAGUCGUGGAUGAUUCCACGUCGGGCGGCGAGGGUGAAACGUCGGGAGCGACGGGAGCGGUUAGAUCUCCACCGAGGAGCAAGGCGCGGUUGGGGUCGCCGCGUAAAGACGACGUAAGCGGGGGAGGGAGCGGGAGUUGUGGCGGGAGUGCCGGUGUGGCCUCCGCUGAGAAGGCGGUUACGCGUGCGGGGUCGCCGCGUAACGUUGGGGGUAAAGAGGGAGGAAGCGGGAGGGCCAUCGUGGCCUCCACCGAGAAGGCGGUAGCGCGUGAGGGGGAAUCCGAGGGAGGGAGCGGAAGUCGUGGUGGAAAGGCCAGCGUGGCCACCACAGUAAAAACGGUUGCCCAACCGUCAAAGACGGUUGGCAAAGAAUCGGGUGCCGGGCGUGCCAAAGAGGCCGCAAAAAAGCGGGAGUAUUCGCGGGGGGCAGCUGUUGUUGGGGGUGGGGCAGUCAGCCAUGUUGCGGCUGCCAAAAGGAUUACGGGGGAGCUCAAUGAGCUAGUAUUCGAGGCUGGGAAUUUUGAUGUAGGGACUGCGAAGGGGCUGGUGGAGCUUGCCUCAAAGUAUGAGGCGCUCUUGAUGACGGUUAUUACCGAGAAUGCCCAUCUUCGCGGUCAAGUAGAAGCCCUUAGAGGAAGUUGCGGGGGACACUCCUCGACGCCGAGCAGGUCGAUGCCGGCUCCGUCGGCACCGAUGCCUGCGCCUCCAGCACCUGUGCUGGAAGCUAUUGCACCGGUGGCGCCGAAGCCUGUGGAGACUUGGUCGGUUGUUGUGAGAAGUAAGGGGCCUGCAACUUCCUCUAAAGAGGUAAUUCAAAAGGUAGUGAAGGAGCAAUAUGGAGUCUCCGCAGGCAAUGCGGACAGCAAUACAGUUAGUAUACAAGAAAUUUUUGACUGCCAAGAUGAACCGUGA